AGAUAUUCAGGAAGUCAAUUGCGCAGAUAUAGCUUUCUACUUUGCCGCAGAACGUGACGUUCAAAUGGACGCUCGGUGAACCCUAAUACAUGGAAAUGGGCAGCUUUCAUAGAUCUCCAGUCAUGAUGAUAUGUACAUGUAAACUGCUACUCGGCCUUUUGAUCCUACACGGUGCAGCUGCGAUUUCUCCGCGGCCUCGAUUUGUGCUGCAAGGAAGCCGGGCGGGCAACAUAGCAGCCGAGGGCGACGCUCCUGCAGCAUCCAAGCCCCUUUACCAAAGGUUGCAGCGUCCGUUUGCAAAGGUUGUAAAGGAGUCAAUCCGAAAGGACCUGAUCGGGCAAUGCUCGGAGCGAUGGCGUAAUGCCACGCUGGACCACUUCAGUCAGGUUCCCCCCGCGGGAGGCCAGACCACCUUCCUUCAGCGCUACUUCGUGUGCUCCAACCACUGGCAACGGCGGGGGCCGGACGGAGAGGGGAGCAGCGGGCCCAUCUUCUUCUACCUCGGUAAUGAGGCGGACGUCACGCUCUACCUGAACAACACGGGCCUUAUGUGGGAGAGCGCACCCGACUUUGGAGCCAUGCUGGUGUUUGCGGAACACAGGUACUACGGUGAAUCCGUACCGUACGGCAAGAAUGUACGGAAACACAUGGGCUAUCUGUCGGCAGAGCAGGCCAUGGCGGACUACGCUCAGCUCAUUACGGAGAUCAAGGAUGAGUACGAAGCGUACGACAGCGCUGUGAUCGGUUUCGGCGGUUCGUACGGCGGCAUGCUAGCUACCUGGAUGCGACUCAAGUACCCUCAUCUGCUCGACGGAUCCAUCGCUGGUUCGGCACCCAUCUGGAAUUUCCUAGGGGAGACGCCUCCCUUCGACACCGGCUCAUUCGCCAAGGGCGUCACGUACGACGCAUCGGAUAUCGCCGGCUCGGCGCCCGCUUGCAUUAGUAAUGUCCGCGACACGUGGGAUCUUCUCAAGGUGUACGGCAGCGACGAGGAAGGUCGCAAGUUCCUAUCUGAGGGGCUGCGGCUGUGUCCGAAUGUGCGGUUGAAGGACGAGGGGGAUGUGGAGUACCUGCGCGCAUGGCUGGGCUCUGCUUGGGACAGCAUGGCCAUGGGCAACUUCCCGUACCCCUCAUCGUACAUCACUAACGGUCACGGCCAACUGCCAGCCUUCCCGGUGCGAGUGGCGUGUGCGGCGCUGGAGGGGCGGCGGCUGAGUGACCAGGAGCUGCUGGAUGCCAUGGCGGAGGCUGUGGGUGUGUUUUACAACCACACGGGCGGCGCCGACUGCUUCGACCCGUGGGUCGGCGGCAGCGACCCGGACAGCGACCAUGACGCCGACUGGUGGGACUACCAGUGGUGUGCUGAGAUGCUGAUGCCCUUCUCAAUGAACGGAGUUGACGACAUGUUCUGGCACGAGCCCUUCGAUCUGUCUGCCGCCACCGCCGCCUGCCAGCAGCACUGGGGGGUCACACCGCGGCCGCUGUGGGCAAACACACAGUGGGGCGGUCGACGCAUCUCCGCGGGCUCAAACAUCGUCUUCUCCAACGGGCUGCUGGACCCCUGGCAUGGCGGCGGAGUGCUGACGGAUGUGUCCGACUCCCUUCCGGCAGUUAUCAUCCCGGAGGGCGCACACCAUCUGGACCUCAUGUUCAGCCACCCGGACGACCCGCUCUCCGUCACCGAGGUGCGCAACUUCCAACGUGAGGCCAUCCGCAGCUGGAUCAAGAAGCGACCGCCCACCACCACCACCACCACUGCCAGCACUGCCGCCGCCGCCGCCGCCGCCAGCAGCAGCAGCAGCCGCAGCAGUGCCACUAGCAUGUCCGCCCCUAACGGCGGCAGCAGCGGUGACACCGGGGUUACUAGUAGCAGCAGGAGCAGCAGUGCCGCCACCGCCAC